CAGUACACAAUGGUAUUUAAGGUGCUUUGUUAUCUCCAUUUGGGAAGUGAAGACAAGAACAAUGAGUCGCAACCCGUACGUAAUAUGACCAAACCAAUAAUUACGAGAGGAUGCCACAGCAUUUCAUUGGAAACUCUCUCACGAACGAGAAAUACCUCGCUAGAGAAGAACAAUGUCACCAAUUGUUAUCAAUUCUGUUUCUUCAACCAAUCAGAAUUAGCUGGAAAUGCUCUACUUAUGAAGGGAACGGAGUGUGUUUGUGCUGCAGUUACUCCACGUACAUCAUUUGAUACUGCAAAACGCUGCAAUGAACGUUGUCCUGGAAAUUCAAAUCAAAGCUGCGGUGGCAAUGGCACGAGCACUUAUGCAGUGUAUGAGAUAGAGAAGAUCACCAGCAAUGACCAAAAGGAAGGUUGUGGAUUUGUCGAAUUUCAGCGACAUAUAGUUAACCAGACGUUGGAGUAUGGUGAUUGCAAUGAGAUGAUAAUGGCAUACUGCACAAAGCUGGCCAACACUGAUGGGACAAUGAUUAUGGACACAAAUCUGACAUGGAACGAGCAUUACAACAAAUGCUCAGGACAUUUGGCUUUUAUCAAUGACACCAAAAAUGUACAAUGGAAAUCAGAAAAUUCAAGACUGCCAAGUUUUAGAUUUUGGAUCGGUCAUCGUAUUUGGAGUUAUGUCCCUUAUGAGUCCUCUGAGUUCGAAACAACGAACAAUGAUCCAGUUCACAUCAGUGGUACGAUUUAUAUAAUUUUUAUAGGCUGGUUUACUUUUCUGGAGACGAUAACAUCUUUUUUGGAUGAUAGCAUAAUAAUGAGUCUUACAAACAAAGACGACAUUGUUAGUCUUGUCAGCUGGAAUCAUAACAUACUGUUCAUCACUCCAUAUUAUGGGGUCCUUACUUAUUCCAAUAUUUUCUUCAAUAAACAAGAUAAUGCGGAUUCAUCUAAUGACACAGAAAGCGCCUCCCCCAAAAAGGAGAAAAACAAAUCUUCAGAUGUACCCAGCAAUCUCAAUUGGAUCACAGCUGCAACUGGCCCGGUAGUGGUUUUUCUUAUUAUUUUGUUGGCAAUUGUUUGUGUAAAGAGAAGGAAAGCCAAACUAAACAGUUCCACACAGCCUAAAAAUGCCAGCAGUAAGAAUGAUGAAGUACCCCUUCAGCCAAUCAGAGGCCAGACCAAUCAAGACCAUGACUAUGAUCAUCUGCAUGGAAAUCCAGGUACAAAUCCUAUGGAUAAUGUGUAUGAUGUGAGUGGAAAUUGUGUUGAUGGAUCCAAUAUUAGUGAUAAUGUGUAUAACACAACUAAACAAUGUUCUGGGGAUGAAAUGUAUGAUUCUAGUGUCAAUAAUCCUCAGAGAUCUGAGUCUGAGAAUAUAAUAAACAAUGAUAUGUACAGCACAAUGAGCAGGCAUGAUGGUGGUAAUUGUCCAACAGACAUGAUUCUGUAUGACCACACCAGUUCUAUUGCUCAAAAUAAUGACAAAACUGAUAUUUACAAUGAAAUUGACACUUGACAAAGACAGUAAAUACCUUUUUUUUUAUUUUAGUUUCCUAAUUUUUAUUUUAAAAAAUACUAAGGCCAUUUUAUAACAAUUAUUCAUGUAAGUGAUCUGGGACAAAAUAUUUAUAUUUUUUCAA